UACCUGAUGUUCUAGAUGAACCAAUAUCUUGUUCACAGGAGUGUUCAGAGGAGUGGGAAGCAGACGUUGGAAUUUUUGGGGAAUCAUGGAAUUCCAGCUAAACGUUUGAAAAGGAAACCAUCUGGAAACCCUGUCCCUCAGAAACCUGACAGACUGAGGUUACCAAUGUUUGGUAAAUUGCCGCAGCCAAAACAAUACGGCUCUGACAUCCCUCGGACCCCCUCCCUCUCCAGUGUCUCCUUAAGUUCCUCCCCUCUCUAUAAGACACCAUCGCAAACAUCCCUUGGUAAAUCAGGAGGCUCCAAAGCAGAUUUGAUGAAGGCUGAGUCCCUUGGCAAUGUUUACAAGGCCUCUCCCAAACUAAACCUGUCCAAAGUGUCCUCCAAGGUGGACUGUGGAGACAAAUCUUUGCUCAGAAGGCCACCCUCAGUGUCUUCCAUUGAGUCCACAGAUAGCACUAUAAGUACCCCCAGGGCUCCCACCACCAGAUUCACCCCAUUGCAUAAACCAGUUGUUCCAACAUCCCUGAGGCCUUCUUCCACCACCACCACAACCCCCACCUUCUCCUCCACCUCCUCCUCCUCCUGCAAGAAUGACCCACAGGCAAAGUUGCCACUUGGGAACACUGGAAAGGGUGGUCACCGAGAUGACCGCACUCCAAGCAAAGAGUCUUCACCACGUGCUGACAUGAAGAAAGGCUCCUCAUUUGUGGAGGCCAGGCCAAGUCCUCGUAUUGGCCGAAGGUCGAGUGGAGGUGGCACAAAGGGCGGGUCACAGGCCAUCCCCCACAGCCCCCACACCUCCACCCUUGCUGUCGUGUCAGGGGAAAUUGGGGUGUCAUCGGUCGGGCGGGCAGCGGCCGAGGGCCAUGAGAUAGCCUGUCAGACCGAACAAACCAACUUUGUGGAGACAUUGACACCGCAGUACACCCCGGGGGCCCCUUCCAGUGCGAUGCAGACCCUUGAGGACAAGGUUGCUGCCUUGCAGGCCCAGCAGGAGAUGGAAAAUCUGAGAGGCGAGAUACAUGAUCUUAAUGAAAAGCUGGAAACACUAAGAGUAAAGCGUGCCCAGGACAAGGACAAACUCAAAGAGGGAGAGAAAAUGAAACUGCAGGUGGAGCAACUUCUGGAGUUUAAAUCUCGCAUCAUGGAGUCACAGGCCCAGCUCCAGAGGGAAAUGCAGAAAGCAAAGGCAGAAGCUCGCGAAGCACUGGAGACCCGUGACCGUCACAUCGAGGACACCCAGGAACUAUCAGAAAAUGUGGAGAUGCUUACUCUGGAUAAAGAGAUGGCUGAAGAAAAGGCUGAGACACUGCAGCUAGAGCUUGACCAGGCAAAAGAAAGAAUAGAAGAGCUCACCUUAGAUCUGGAGAUCCUUAAGACAGAGAUGAAUGGUGGUGGGGCUUCCGCUGAUGGUGUAGCAAAUUCUCUUCAGGUACGGCAGCUAGAACAGCAGAACAGUCGCCUUCGAGAGACAUUGGUCAAAAUGCGUGAUCUCUCUGCCCAUGAUAAGCAUGAGCUGCAGCGCAUCCAGAAAGACCUGGAGACCAAGAAGACAGAAAUGGCUGAUAUGAGCAGAGCUAAAGAAAAGCUGGCAGCACAGGUUGGCCAGCUGGAACAGACCAUCUCAGACCUCCAAGAACAGGUGGAUGCAGCACUUGGAGCAGAAGAGAUGGUGGAGUCGUUGACUGACCGCAAUUUGAACCUGGAUGAGAAGGUGGCAGAGCUUCUAGAAACAGUAGCUGACUUGGAGGCAAUCAAUGACAUGAAUGACCAGCUGCAGGAAAAUGCACGUGAGCUGGAGCUGGAACUGAGGGAGGAGCUAGACAUAGCUAACAGCAGAAUCAGAGAGGUAAUGAGGGAGCGUGAGGCAUCUAAUGAAGUGAUUGUGGACCAGGAUGCCACCAUCAAAAAGUUUCGUGAGUUGGUUCAGAAGCAACAAGAGCAGAAUCUGGAUUUGCGGCAUGCCUUGGAGAAGGAGACAAACAAACCUAUUGGAACACCUUCAGAAAUCAUUGACUUUAAGAAAAUGUUUACAGAGACGAAGGCACAUAGCAAGGCCAUUGACAUGGAGCUACGGAGGCUAGAGGUGGCUCAGGCAAACCAGCAUGUAGCAUACCUCACUCAGUACAUGCCAGACAACUUUAUUGCCCGUGGUGGUGAUCAUGAUGCCGUGCUGGUCCUGUUGCUGGUGGCCCGCAUGAUCUCAAAGGCAGAAAUAGUAGUUGGGGGUGUCAGGGACAAGUAUCCAGCUCCUGAGAGUAUCACCCGUCCUGCCGUGCUGAAGUCUCAUGCCAUCGAUCAGUUUGCUUUCUCAGCCCGUCUUCUUCAACUGCUGUACUUCUUGCAGGCACUGCUGCACCAGUACCAGCAUGUGUUGGGCACCUGUGGGGUUGAAGUAUUCCUGCGACUCGGCACACUUUACCUAGAGAUGGCCUCCCAUGAACGUAACCUGGACUUUUAUGUGGACCUGCUCAGGAAAGAUCAGUUGGAUGAGAAUGUUCCACUAGAUGCUCUUGAGAAGACGGUUGGUUACUUUGCUACAGUCUACCCAGCUCACUUGCUGUCUGAGAAGAUGGACCAGACUACUUAUCUGUGUGAUACUGCCAGAGUUCUUUCUGCUGGUGCUGAUGCUGCAAUGACUUGUGCAUCUACCAUCCUUGCUCUUGUACAUCCACAACAUGGAGACUGUGAGGUAGCCAUGAUGUGCCAGGAGGUGGUUACUGCUGGGAAGGAAAUUAAUGCAACGGUGAAAAGAGUGAGGCGACGCAUGCCCCAGGAUGGCUCUGUUGGUCCCCUCAGCUAUCCCCAGGAGGUGCAGGACACACUCAUUGCCACCACCACCCACACAAACAAUGCUGCCCGAGCCAUGAGACACCUCACACGUGGCCUCCUGCAGCAGACUUCCCUCUUGGCAGAUCCAGAAGGUGGCAUAACAGGAGAAAAGUUGAAGGAAUUGACCCAUCAAGCAACAGACCUCAUCUAUGGUGGGGAGGACUUAGGUCCUGAGUCCAUCAAGCUCUCAAUUCAGCGAACCCUUAGUGAACUCUCCCGAAUCACCUCUGCACUUGAGAAGGGAGAGUAUGACUUUGAUGGGACAGUAGAAGAGCGGACCACUCCACCAGUGGCCCUUCGAGCACAAACCCUCAAGAAUGAAAUGAAGGACACAGAGCACCUCAAAUACAAGUUAGAGAAUCGUGAGCAGGAUCUCAAAGAUUUGAAACUUGCUCUCAAGGCUAAAAAUGAGGAGCUAAGCGAAAUGACAGUUCGGAGGGACCUGGCUGAAAAGAAGCUUUCUACUGCUAGCCGUGAUGCAGACCUCACCAUUGAGAAACUACAGAGGAAACUAGAUGACACACUCAUGAUGCUGCGCCGCAAAGAGAAGGAAUAUGACGAGACAAUGGAUCACCUUCAGAGUGACAUAGAAAGCCUUGAAACAGAGAAGGGAGAGCUGCGGGAGAAGUUGAAAGCACUAAACAAAAAGACACUUUAUGAUGCUCUUUCCAAAUCUUCACCACUCACAGGUGUGGUAUCUCCUUCCUCUCCGACAACACCCUCCGCUGGGGGAGUUUCCCCCUCUGUGCCAGGUGGAGGCAUGGUGCGUGACUCCCCAAUGCUCUUGCAGCAGAUUACUGAUCUAAAGGCAGCCCUGCACCAUGCUACGACUGCCAUGCACAGCAACACUGCACAACACAUGCACAGCCAGCUGGCUGGCCUCAAACCAAUCAGGGUACAGAAACUAAGCACUCUGCCAGGUGAGGAGAAACGGGAUGUGAGCAAGGAGGACGUAGAGAUGGAAGGGAAGCACUCCACUGAUCACAUCAACCACUUGAUGCGCCAGGCCUCAGCCCUGCAAAAGGAAGUGAAUGCACUCAUGACUGGGGUGACAGUGGUUGACCUGAGCAAGCGGAAGCCAGCGUCCAUCCCAACGACUGCCACUGCUGAUCCAGCCCAUCACCUCAUAUUCCAGAACAACAAACUAAACUCACUCCGUACCCAAAUUGCUGUUCUUCAGGAUGAAAUAACCCGUGCCCUUGCACUCACUAAACCUGGAGGAAGUGUUGCCACUGCCUUUUCUGCUUUUCCAUCCCCACAGCUCACUAAGGUCUUGAGUGAACAAGAACUAGUGCAGGUGGGGCGAGUGAGGGUGCCAGGGGAUGUCCCAGGCAACCCAGAGCCUGUUCAAGUUGUCCUUCAACGAGACCAUCUUAUGACCCUUCACCUGCGUCUUCUGAAAUAGAGAAAUACUUCUCAACCCUUUAAUCUAAUGUGGUCUCAGAUAACAUAUAUCACUGUUUUAACCCAGUAGCAGCGACGGGCCAAAUUUGUGGCUUUACCGCCUAUCAGCGAUGGGCCAAAUUUUUGCCUUGACACAAACCCCAAAAAAUAGAGGAUGCAUAAACUGAUCCUAAAUGCAUUGAUAUAUAAUUGUAUAAUGAUUUGUGUGAGUGAUAAUUUUUUCUCAUUAAUUCGCUUAGAGGAGCCUUUCAGAAACAGAUCCCCGCAGCUACUGGGUUAAACACAUAAUAUGAAGAGCAACCACUGUGUAGAAAUGAUCUAUUUAUCAAGGCAAAGGGCAGAAGGAUUAUCCAGAUUUUCUGUUUUAACCCAUGCCCAGAGCUUUCUUGAAUUGGGAUAAGUAAUACAGGCUAUUGUUUGAUAUAUUUUUGCAUAUUCUAAAAAUGAAUAUUCAUUUAUUGAUACAAAUGGAAUGGCAAUGGGUGAGACCAAGGGGUUUAUCAUAUGCACUUUUUGCUGUCACUUUUAUUUAUCUUGGCCAAUUUCUUUACUAGGCAGAUGUGUGGAUCAUUGAAUGGAUAUACAGAAGCCCCCCGCCGUUCACGGGUACAGGUAACUCUCGAUUUACGCGAGUAUUGUGUCCUUGAAGAGGUUGCGUAAAUCAAAAACAAUGUAAAUCAAACAAGAGGUAGGUUUGUACCUUUAUUGCCUACUGUAUCACUCUGACUCCUCUCCCUCUCAUGGUUCCUCCUCUGGCUGCCCUUCCCCUUAUGGUAGCACAGCAGCGAGAGUGUUGUUGUUGUUGAGUAGUGUGGCAGCGUGGGUACUGUAUUGUUGUUCAAGUGGCGUGCGGGAAGAAAUGAGCUCAGCUGUGUGGCCGCGGCGCCGUGUGAGUCCAAUUGUGUGAGACAUCUGGUGGCCGCCACUCCAUAAAAUAUCGUGUAUAAGUGAAAAAAACGUUUAAAAUAAAAAUUUAUUUGGAUUUUGGACCCCACGUUAUUUCAAAAAUGCGUAAACCAAACUUGCGUAAAUCGAGAGUUACCUGUAUUUGGUUCCGCAAGAUUCCCGUGAUCCAUGAAUCCACGAUCGCCGGGAUUAUAAUCAAAUAGGGAAAAUAGGGUUUCAUUCUACCAUCUCGAUCGAAUAAAAAAAAAAAAGAUUUCUAAGGCAUUUCUAAUCAUUGUUAUAUAGUUCUACAUACACAUAAAUCACGAAUUAAAUAAGGACUGUAAUAAUUUAACACUCACGUCCAGGCAAGGGGUAAUGUAGGCUCUGUUUUUCCCUAUAUAUCUUGUGUUUAAGCUAGUAUUGCCGCUGUCCUGGUGAUCUUGUCUGAUGUGAUGGUUGGUUGUGUUAUUUAAUGCCCUGACCCGCCUAGUAAGCAAGAGUGAGUGUGUAAAGGUUCAUGGCCUCACCGUCCUCGCUGCGGCCGCCAUCUUGUUUGUUUUGCUCCGGGUACACCAGUGUUGCCAGAUCAUCGUACUUAGCACAGUAUAUUCCAUUUCCUGACCCAUAACUAUUGCAUAAAACAUCCCUAAUUAACGUUUUUAACAAUAACUUUAACUGAAUAUCGUUAUUAGUGCUGGGACAGCGUUGCCAAGCUUGGAAGACCCGAAAAGCAUCUAUGUGUAUCAUACUUAAGGAUUAUUUUGCUUACUUUAACACUGUAAUGUUCGGUUUGGGAGGGAAAGAGAUGUAAAGUUAUUCCAGUUUUAUUAAUUAUGUUUUCUGUGUCCCAGAUUAAUGAGUUUUCACUACAGUCCACGUAGGAUCACUGUGGUUCUUAACCACCAUGAUCCUGUCAGCCAAACGUCAGACCCACAGGGAAAUAUGUAGUGCGAAUAGCACUGUGGCCUUCCGUGCAUGAAUAUGACACUUAAAUCGAAUUUUGAUGUUUAGAAAGCAAAAAUAAGUACCGUAUUUUGCAGCGUAUAACACGCACCUUUUUCACUUAAAAAAAUGCCAGAAAGUUACCCCUGCGCAGUAUACGCCGAAGGUACAAAUUUUGAUUUUUUUUCUCUGCCUUUUUCCGCCGUAAUUUUAAAGUUUGCACAAGGUUUUAUGGGUCAAUGUGACUCGUAGACUGCCACACAACUCCGUGCGAUUCUCAUAUGAGCGUAACUCACUUCCUUUAUGACAACUAAGUAAAUACAGGGAAGGGGAAAGGGAGGAGACAGACAGUGUGAGUGUUAAAGAAAUAAAGAUAGAGGAUGUAAGAAUGGAGAACAAGGAAAAGGAGUGGAGGAACAGGGAGAGAUAGUAUGAAAACAAGGAGAAAGGAGAAGGGUGUGGGGAGGGAGGAGCAGAAGGGAAAGUCAGGUCAGGGCUUUGGUCAGGACAUGACCUGACUCAGGUCAGGGAUUAGGACAUGAUAUGACCUGACUCAGGUCAGGGCUUAGGGUCAGGACAUGACCUGACUCUCCCUUCUGCUCCUCCCUCCCCACACCCUUCUCAUUUCCCCUUUGUGUGUGUGUAAUUCACCUCUUGGUCUGCUGUGGGUCUCUCUCGAGACAGCCAGCCAUUUCCCUAUGGAGGAGCACAGAGCUCGUAGUACCGAUCUUUGGGUAGCACUGAGACCGCUCACACACAACACACUGCAACAACGAGGUCACAACUCCUUGCCUGACGUCACGUACCUACUCACUGCUAGGUGAACAGGGGCUACACGUGAAAGAAGAUAAACCCAACUUAUCUUCACCUGGCCAGGGAAUCGAACCCGUCCUUCUGGUUAUGAGGUAGACGCUAUAUCCACUGAGCUACCGGGCCGUGUAGUGUGUGUGUGUGUGUGUGUAUUUACCUAGUUGUGACAUACGGGAAAAGAGCUACACUCGCGGUCCCGUCUCCAUAUCCCCUCUUGUCCAACUUUUCCUUAAAAUUGUGGUCUUAAAGUUUAGGGUGCACGGUAUACACUGGAGCACGUUAUACGCCGCAAAAUACAGUGUUUCCUUUUGAAAGAGACAGUCCCGUACAUCCACCCCAAGAUCCAGCUCCAGGGACAGUUUCUUUGUUUACAUUGCGCUAUGUUCGAGCUGGGCACUACAGACCGUGUAUACGCUAGUUUUCAUCCGCGUUCGGCGGGGGGUGUCGCAAAUACCUUACCCGCAUAUAAGCGAAUCCGUGAAUAGUGAGGCCGUGAGCGGCGGGGCCUUCUGGACUUUUGUUCCACCAUUAAAUUGUAUGUGAAUAGAAUUAACAUUCUGAAAUGUUACUGUAAGUGUUGAAUACUUAGUGAGCAACAUAUGUACAGUAAACUCCCCAUUACCCAUAAUAAAGACCAAAACAUUU